AUGCCGGCUACCUUUCGUUGGUUACUUUACAAUGGAAAACUCCUCAAACAUUGCUUUCGUCACUAUUCAUACAGACCGGAAAUCAGUCAAGCGGCAUCUCUUUUGGAUAUCGGCACACGAUCCAUAUUUACCGAGGAACAUGAUAUGUUCCGACAAACUGUCCGAAGGUUUGUUGCUGAGCACGUUACGCCGCACCAUAGCAAGUGGGAAGAACAAGGUCAUUGUGAUCGAGAAUUAUGGGUAAAAGCUGGUGAACAUGGGCUGCUGGGUGUCGCCAUACCGGAAGCCGACGGCGGAGUUGGGGGAGACAUUCUUGGUUCAGCUGUUGUAUGGGAGGAAUUAUUUUAUGCCAAUUGUUCUGGACCCGGGUUUCCUAUUCACUCUGACAUCGUCAUGCCUUACAUUAGUCAUUACGGAAGCUCUGCACAGAAACAGAAGUAUCUACCGAAAAUGACGAAGGGCGAAUGGAUUGGUGCGAUCGCCAUGACUGAACCCUCCGCCGGCAGUGAUCUACAGAGCAUUCGGACCCAUGCAAAACGAGAUGGAUCCGAUUGGAUUCUAAACGGCUCCAAAGUGUUCAUCUCAAACGGUUAUUUGUCCGAUGUGGUGAUUGUCGUCGCUAUCACUAACCCAGAAGCCAAAUCUCCCGCGCAUGGAAUUAGUCUGUUUCUUGUCGAUGCUGGAACACCAGGGUUUAACAAGGGUCGGAAGCUGAAGAAAAUGGGCUUUAAGGUAGAUUCUUCUACUGUCCCCUUUCCCUGUCAUAUCCCUUUUCAAUCCCGUGCUUAA